AUGUCCCGGAAGACCAUAGCCAGCCGCAUAGGCGGAGAGCUCGACAUGGUGUACCUCCGCCUGCACAAGGGGUACCACCUGCCCGGCAAGCCCAGCCGGAAAUGGUCGCCCCAGCGGGCUGCUCCCUUCAAGAUCGUCCGGAAGGUCCAUAACCUCGCGUACAAACUGGACUUUCCGAAAUCCUGGAAGGUUUGGCCGGUCGUUUCGGCCGCCCAGCUCUACAAGGUGCCCCAAGAACCGGACCCCUUCGAACGCGUGACGCCGCCCCCGCCGCCGGUCAUAGUGAACGAUGAAGAGCAAUGGGAGCUCGAGAGAAUUUACCUCGGCUGGGAGGACAUGCACAACCAGUGGGUCCAGAGAGUUUACCUUGUUGACGGCGCCCGAGAAAUGUAUAAGGAGAAGGGCAUCAAGCGCAAAGAAUACGAGGCCAUCAAGGAAAUCCCCAAGCUCGAGAACCAGAUCCGAAUCGACUUGCCGGUCAGGAAGGAUUUGGGCGAGUUCCAGAAAAUCGAUGUCGAAUGA